UUCACUUGAGUUCAGAAACAGCAAGUCGUUGUAAAAUAACUGUUAAACUUAUCGGGCAUUGAACGAGUUCCUGCACUAACUGGUUUCAAAUAGGUUGGGUGACAUCGAAAUAGUGAUGCAUGUGAUUCUGUUAAGGAACUUGUGUAUUAUGCAAAGCUAUAACUGAGUUAACUGCAACUUGUUUUCAAACUGGUUCACAAGACAGGCACUUUGUUUCAAAAGAAACUCACAGCCCCUCAGAAGAACACACGCACUAGUCUUUUUCUGGUAUAGAAUGACUGUGUCCAGUCUGAUGGCUCUUGCUGCUCUGUUCCUUGUGCUGCUGUGGACGCAAACCAGUUCUGGACAGCCAUCAAACCCUUGUUGUUCUUAUCCAUGCCAAAACCGUGGUGUGUGUGUCCGAUUUGGACUGGACCAAUAUGAAUGUGAUUGCACUCGAACUGGCUAUUAUGGAGUUAAUUGCACUAAUGCUGAAUUUUGGACAAGGAUACACGAAUUACUGAAACCAAGUCCUGAUACUUUGCACUAUAUUUUAACUAACUUUAAGUGGCUCUGGAACAUCAUUAACCAAACCUUUAUCAGGGACAGACUCAUGCGUCUUGUAUUAACAGCAAGAGCGAAUCUGAUUCCUAGCCCCCCAACAUACAACUCGGCUUAUGGAUACAUCAAUUGGGAAUCCUAUUCCAAUGUGACCUACUACACCCGGCUCCUGCCACCCGUGCCAGAGGACUGCCCCACACCUUUGGGAACUAAAGGGAAAGUGAAACUUCCAGAUUCAAAGUAUAUUGUGGAGAAGUUUCUGCUGAGGAAGAAGUUCAUUCCAGACCCACAAGGAACCAACUUAAUGUUUGCUUUCUUCGCCCAACACUUCACCCAUCAGUUCUUCAAGACUCACAACCGCAUGGGGCUCGGCUUCACAAAAGCUCUGGGCCACGGGGUGGAUGCAGGACAUAUAUAUGGAGACAACUUGGAUCGUCAGCUCAAUCUUAGACUCCUUAAAGAUGGAAAGAUGAAAUAUCAGCUUGUGAACGGGGAUAUGUAUCCACCCACAAUGGCGGAAGCACUGGUCAACAUGAGUUACCCCCCCCACGUUCCCUUGAAGAACCAGUUAGCCAUCGGUCAGGAGGUUUAUGGGCUGCUUCCAGGGCUUGUCAUGUACGCCACUAUCUGGCUUCGAGAGCACAACAGGUUGUGUGACAUACUGAAAGCAGAGCACCCCACCUGGAGUGAUGAGCAGCUCUUCCAGACCACACGCCUUAUCAUCAUAGGACAGACCAUCAAGAUAGUGAUUGAGGAUUAUGUGCAGCACUUGAGUGGGUACUACUUGAAGCUGAAGUUUGCCCCCGAGCUCUUGUUCGAUGUGCAGUUUCAGUACAGGAACCGCAUUGCUGUGGAAUUCAACCAGCUUUACCACUGGCAUCCUCUAAUGCCUGACUCGUUCAUCAUUGACAAGGACGAGUACAGUUACAAAGACUUCCUCUUCAACACCUCCAUGAUCAUCAAUUACGGAGUGGAAACUCUCGUCGAGGCCUUUUCUAAGCAGAUUGCUGGGAGGAUUGGCGGCGGACACAAUAUCAACCCACAUAUGCUGAAAGUUGCUGCAGGGGUCAUCGAGGAGUCACGCAAACUGAGACUGCAGCCCUUCAAUGAGUACCGGAAGAGAUUCCAUCUGAAGCCUUACAAAACAUUCCUGGAAUUAGUGGGAGGUGAUGAGGAGUUUGCAAAAGAAUUGGAGGAGCUUUAUGGAGAUAUUGAUGCCCUUGAAUUCUAUCCUGGUUUGAUGCUGGAGGCUCCCCGCCCUGGAGCUAUCUUUGGAGAAAGCAUGGUUGAGAUGGGAGCUCCCUUUUCUCUGAAAGGUCUGCUGGGAAACCCCAUUUGCUCUCCAGAGUACUGGAAGCCGAGCACAUUUGGUGGAAAAACGGGAUUUGAUAUUGUCAAUACAGCUUCUCUUAAGAACCUAGUGUGCCUGAACACAAAGAGGUGUCCAUAUGUGAACUUCCAUGUCCCUGUUGUGAGUUCAGAAGAUGACAGAAGUAUAAAAAAACCAUCCGCAGAACUCUAAUAUUGAAAAUUAGGAGGUUUAAUAUUUAAGUCAUGGUUUACAGUAAAGAAAAAAAUGAUUUUACAUUCCAACAAUUUAAAUUACAAAAGGAGGUCAAUUUAUUGUCCAAUUCUCCAAUGCUGUAACUGUACAGUACAAGAAGCUGGACAUUUCUCUUUUUGACUGUUCAAAGAUGACACCAUUGUGUAUUCCAGUGCCCUGUUAGCCCUGACUGUUUCCAAAUUCGAAAUGGCCAAUUUGAACGCCACGUCAUUGCUGUAAUCCCCAAUCGCCUCUCUUCACCCAGUAAGUCUGGUAGUGGAUUUUGCUAGCUACCCAGAGUUCAGCCUGUUUGGUCUUUAUCUGAGGCUUGAUCAAUUAAGGUGGCUGUGAAACAGUGAUGCAAACAGCUUUUCAGCCUCUUUGCAAAGGUAAACCAGCUAAUGCCUUGCUGGUAGCUAGGUGAGCCAUGUGGCUUCCAUUGUGUAUGGAAGGUGGUCUUAUUCAUGAGCUAAACACAUGUGCUUGUAUACUGGACUAUUUUAGAAAAAAUGAUAACACUAUGUAACACAAUUUUUGUUCCUGGGUAGUAAGUGUUAUUUUUUAAUUGCUUAUG